CCGAGGAUCACUGUCGAGCUUCAGUCUAAAACUCAGCUAAACCCUCACAAAAACCCUAAAAAUGGCUCUAACAACCCCAAUUCAAGUUCACCGAUACCCACAGAGCCAGUACAUCGACGCUCUCCGAUGGCUCCCCCGACUCUCCGCCUUCCACCGCCACAUUAUCCUUGCCGCCUUCGAUUCCGACGCGUCUUCCCCCUCCCUCCAACUGCUCAGCCUCUCGCAAUCGCCGCCGUCGGAUUCAGAUCCGGAAAUUCCCGAACUCAGUGUAGAAUCAUCCAUUUCCACCCCUUCUCGGAUCUCUGCCCUGAAAACCUGCCGAACCUCCAAUAAACCUCUCAUUACUGCAGCCUCAUCUUCAGGUUCUCUCUCGAUUCUCUCUGCGGAUUUGAUGAAUGGGUCGUUAAAUGUCGAGGCCUCGGUGACCGAAAGAGGGUUCCAUUACGGACCCAUCUUGGGGAUUGAUGUGAGUGAAAAUGGGUCCGAGGCUGUUAGUGUUGGGGAAGAUGGGAGGGUGAAUUGGAUCAACAUUGGUGGUAGCAUUGGAAAGACAGUGAAUUUUCAGAAAGUUUUCGACAAUAAUGGGCUGGUUUCUUAUCAGGCGGUUAAGUGGGCUUCGCCAGUGGAGUUUGUGACUGGUGGAUUGGGUUAUAGUCUUCAGUGGUGGGAUCGGAGAUCGCCUGGUGGACCUGUUUCUCAGUUUAAAGGAAAUUGGAAUCAAGGAAUCAUGCCUGGCAUUGUGCAUUCAAUUGACAUUCAACCAUCAAGGAAGCAUACUUGUCUUGCAGGAGGUUCUUCUGGUACUGUAUUUGUAUGGGAUCUUCGUAAGCCACAACAGUCUAUAGUUCUUACUGGUGUUGGGACCAGUGAUUCAGCAGUCCAGACACUAUCAGAAAGUGAGGUUUGGGAGGUUCAAUAUGACAACUAUUCUCAUUCUUCCAGCAUUGCCCACACUUCUGCCUCAUCUUUUCUUCCUGCCAUGAUUUGCUCAGAGGAUGGCAUCCUUGGUGUAAUUGAUCAAGGUGAAGAACCUAUUGAACUUUUGGCUGAACCAUGUGCCAUUAACAGCUUUGACAUUGACAAGCAAAACCCCUCGGAUGUGGUUUGUAGUUUGGAGUGGGAAUCUGUGGCCAUCUUGACAAGGCCGUAGCUGCUACCGCCAGAACCAACUAGAUGGUGCAACUCUCUUUUCUGUCUCAUAAUGUUUUAUCAACUGUAAAUUAUUAUAAGGUUGAUAAAAGUGAUGCAACCUUAAAACAUGCUAACACUGAAGAAAACCUUUAUUUUAGUGACUGUGAGCAUAGUUUAAUGAAUGAUUGAUGGUAUGUGGCAAUGAUUGGAAACAGUUGUGGGAA